GAACAGGGGCACGGUGGCGAAACGUGAUGGCGGCCGAGGUUAAUGCGGCUACUGUCCAUCUAUAUUUGACCUGCAUAUUGGCCUAGCCCCCGACACCCUCAACCAUUUGUGGCGGGCGGCUGGCCGAUCUGAAUCUUGCUUCUGGAGCACGCGGUUGUCCUUACCCCACAGACGAUCAUCUUCAGGGCGGUCGAGAAGCGCAGUGCGUGGUUUCGACCGGUGGCGACUUAUACAGCCAAACCCCAGCACAGCACUCAACCGCGUCUGGCAACCACCGCCAAGAGAAUCAUUCCCCACACCAUCUCGUCUGGGUGCCCCUGGCUCACCGGGACUACCACCAUGAAUGCAGCUAGCGCGACCCCAUUACGGAAGGCCGUGUUUUGACCCGGCGGAAGGAGGGCAUCUGCCGGGCACAAAAAGGCGACAAAAGGUGCGGAAAAGGGCCGGCUGGGGGCUGGCCCGCUGCAGGAGGCAUGGGGUGACUGUACUGUGUAAAAACACAAAAACCUUGAAGUGUUCCUACCCAGUUCCUGCCCAGUUCCUACUCGGUUCCGGUGCUGGUUAGCCCGAUAACUGUUGGGUCGCCAGACUACCGACGCUGCUGAGCCUCACAAAAAGCACUCCUGGCGAGCCAGCGAGCAGGACGUCUCUCCUACCCCCGGGCGCUUGUCCUCGAGAUCGACCACACGCCAUCCGUCACCCGUCAGCAGCCUCGGACAGACCAAGCACCAUGGCUGCGCUGUCGCCCGACCCCAAUGUGCCGUCAGUACUCCCGGGAAUCCCCGGAUACGAUCAGCAGAAUGUCCAACCGUGGACUGUCCAAGUUGUCGUCUCCGUCACCAUCCUCGCCGCCGUGUCGGUCGCGCUGAGGAUCUGGAGUCGACACCUCAAAGGCCAGAAGCUGUGGUGGGACGACUACAUGAUCAUCUUUUCCAUGGUGUGGAACUUGCUCGUCGUCGGCUUCAUAUUCGCCAUGUACUCUCAGGGGAUGGGGCUCCACGCGGACAAGGUUGGCGUGGACAGAAUCGUCAUGAUGGCCAAGUACCUCGUCGUGGCCGAGAUCCUGUACGCCUGGAACCUGGGCUGGAGCAAGCUGUCGCUCCUGCUCAUGUACUACCGCAUCUUCCACGUUCCCUUCUUCAAGAGGGUCGCCUGGGCCGUCGGGGCCUUUGUCAUGGCCUGGGUGGUCUGCAUCUCCUUCCUGUUCAUCUUCAUCUGCGUGCCGGUCGAGAAGCUCUGGUACCCGGAUCUGCCAGGCCACUGUAUCGACCAGGUCGGGACAUGGAUCGCGAACGCCGCGUCGACGCUCCUCACCGACAUGGUCAUCCUGCUGCUGCCGGCGCCGCAGGUCUGGCGGUUGCAGCUGCGGCUGGCCGAGAAGAUCGCCCUGACUUUCGCCUUUGGUCUUGGCUUCUUCGUCGUCUUUGUCUCGGCCUACCGCACGAGCGUGCUCUUCACAUACUCCAACAACGACCCCAGCUACACCCUGGCCCCGACUGUGGGCUGGACCGCCAUCGAGAUCUCGGCCGGCAUCGUUUCGGCGUGCCUGCCAACACUCCGGCCGGUGAUACAGCUGCUGGCGCGCGCGAUCGGCAUCACGGGCAGUCUCGGAGGCUUCUUCCGGGGCGCGACGCGCGGGACGCACGGCAGCGGCAGCAGGGACGACGCCUACUCCAAGGGCACCGGCACGCCGGCCCCGGGCAGCCGCCUGGACCACAAGUCGCACACGACCAGCAACACACUGGCGACAACUUCGGGCGAGGACGACGAAGACGAGUUCAGCGGCAGCAACACCUCGGCGCCCAAGGCCCGCCGCAUCCCCAGCUUCAAGUCACCCUUCCAGCGGCUACCGGACGAGCAGAGCGAGGCCGAGGUCGGCUACGGUGCGAACAAGGCGUCGGGCAUGGGCGGCAACCAGGCGACGAAGCCGUCCGACGCGGCGCUCAGGCCCGACGUGACCGGGUUUGCCUUUACCGUUUCCAGCCAGGGCGAGGCCGGAGCCAAGUCAGAGAGGAGCGACGAUAGCGGCGACGAGAUCCCGCUGCAAGGAAUCAAGGUGCAGAGGACGUAUAUGAGCUCCGGUUGAGGAGGCUCAGUGGGGGGUUCUGGCAGAGGGUUAGAGUAAUGUGCUCAGAUAGACGUAAAAGCGGGAGGAGGCAAGAGCAAAGAAACAGAAACAAAUACAGCAUCCACUGGUGAGUAUCCACCGAUAAAUACAGCUAGACUACUGAUCACGAAUCGUGCACAUGGGGAAUCCCCGACAUCUUGACCCUGUCAAUUCGUGUUUGUGGGAGAAAUGGCCGUGCGCUG